GCUUUUUUAUCAACCUCUAAAGCUCCAAUCUUUUUAUUUGAUCAUAUUCACAAAGCAAGGAAGAUUAACACAGCAAUGGCAGAAAAUGGAGAAGAGCAGAAAAGCAGGCACCAGGAAGUUGGCCACAAAAGCCUUCUUCAAAGUGAUGCUCUUUACCAGUAUAUAUUGGAGACUAGUGUGUACCCAAGAGAGCCUGAAUGCAUGAAGGAGCUCAGAGAGUUGACUGCAAAGCACCCAUGGAACAUCAUGACCACCUCAGCUGAUGAAGGUCAAUUCUUGAACAUGCUUCUCAAGCUGAUCAAUGCCAAGAACACCAUGGAGAUCGGUGUCUACACUGGCUACUCCCUCUUGGCCACAGCCCUUGCUAUCCCUGAAGAUGGAAAGAUCUUGGCCAUGGACAUCAACAAAGAGAACUACGAAUUGGGUCUGCCAGUCAUCGAGAAAGCUGGUGUUGCCCACAAGAUUGACUUCAGGGAAGGCCCUGCCCUCCCCGUCCUUGACCAAAUGAUCGAAGACGAGAAGAACCAUGGAUCGUUCGACUUCAUCUUCGUUGACGCAGACAAGGACAACUACAUCAACUACCACAAGAGGCUGAUCGACCUGGUCAAGGUCGGGGGCCUGAUCGGCUACGACAACACCCUCUGGAACGGCUCUGUGGUGGCGCCACCGGAUGCUCCUCUCCGCAAGUACGUCAGGUACUACAGGGACUUUGUGCUCGAGCUCAACAAGGCUCUUGCUGCAGACCCCAGAAUUGAGAUUUGCAUGCUUCCAGUUGGUGAUGGCAUCACUCUCUGCCGUCGGAUUAAAUGAUCACCCCCCAUUGUUCGUGGUCGAUAUAUGAUAAAGAGGCAAAAAUGGUCUUUCCUCUUCUUAUUUUCAUGUGUAUUUGUUGUAAUUUGGGUGCUCAUGUUUGGAGGAUUGAAAGGCAUACUAUAUUGAAUUGUGCUGAUUUAAUUUUCUGCCAUGAUUAUAAUAUAUACCAAAAUGGUUUCGUUUUCA